AUGGCAAUAUACAGGGAGUACCAGAACCGAGUCAAUGUGCCGGACACCGUCAAGUUCCGAGACCUCAGUGCGUUGCUGCAUGAGCUGUCCAACGACGGUGCUAAGCGUCAGUUUGAAGUGUUCCUAGGGGAGCUGGUUGUCCCAGUGAUGGUGUCCAGUGCUCAGGAGGGGGAGAGGGAGUGUCACAUUGUGGUUCUCACAGAUGAUGAUAUAGUGGAUUGGGACUGUGACAACCCUCCACCCAUGGGAGAGGAGUACUCCCAGAUUCUGUACAGCACCAAGCUCUAUCGCUUCAUCAAGUACAUUGAGAACAGAAAUGUGGCCAAAGCCCUGCUGAAGGAGAGAGGACUGAAGAACAUACGCAUCGGCAUCGAGGGGUACCCCACCUGUAAGGAGAAGAUGAAACGGCGCCCGGGCGGGAGGUCAGAGGUCAUCUAUAACUACGUGCAGUGGCCUUUUAUCCAGCUGUCCUGGGAGAAGGAGGAAGGAAAGAGUCGACACGUGGACUUCCAGUGCGUCCGCAGCAAGAGUGUCCCCAACCUCAUCGCCUCUCUGGGGGAACCAACAUGACUCCGAACCACACCCACCCCGCAGGUCGACGAGCUGGAUAGGCUGAUCAGCCCUGAUCCCCGCCCCCAGUCUCAAGCCCCACCCCCAUCCACCAAUGACAGUUGAGGAGAGGGUAGAAGUUGACCUUGUAUAGGUUAAUUUAUUCCCCCUAUUGGUUAAGGUCAGGGAUUGGCAAGGUUGCACUGAUCCUAGAUCUGUGUUUUGGGGCAACUUCUACACGAGGCCUUCAUCUGUUAGCCUGUCUCCCACUCAGGAUAUUUAUGUUUACAGACACAUUCAAACAAACCUCAAUGACUGUACAGUCCAAACCAAUGUACACAUACAGAGACAGAUGUUAGAUCUUAAUUUGGUCACUGUUUACAUAAAUUCACUGGAAACCCGCACUAACACACAGUUGUAUUAACAGUAUUGCACUUUUAAUGUAGCUUAAUUUUGGCCAGCUAAUAGCCUAACCACUGAUCAAGCAACAUUAUAUUGGCAGAAAAGCGUGAAUGUUCAAAUCCUGUUGCUGUAGGAUUCUUUUGCUGCAACAAUAUUGGUCAAAUGAAGAUCCUACGUCUGUACAUAUACGCACACAUACAAACACGGAUUUGGACAAGGAGGAUGUUUACAGCAUAUAACCAGACCUACUAGUGUGUAUCUAUUCAGUUUUCUUAUUCAUACUUUACCCACCACCGCCCCCAUGUGUUAUAUUACGUUUGUGUGUGUGUGUAUGUGUGUAAGCUGUUCUUUUUCCUUUUAUGGCUGUUUACAUUUUAUACUUUGUACAUUGUUUAUAUGAAGGUUUCCGUUAGUAUUAUUGUUUAAGGUUAUGUACAUCAUUUUUCUUCAAAGAAUUUGUUCCAAGAAUUUCACAGCUGCAGAGGAAAUUUGAAUAAAUAUAUUGAUGAAAGAAUUACCUUUAUGAUUUUGCGUUGACAUCUCAUAUAAGGGA